AAAUUGGAGCGUUGUUAGACCCAAAAGAUCAACAAGACAAGUUAUUGUUGGCAACAAAAGCAAUACGGAACUGACGGGAAGUAUUAAAGCUGUUGAAAAGCGCGUAUAUGCACACGUAUAUAAAUUAGAUCCGGAAACAACUGAAGACAUGGUACGGAACUAUCUUCGCACAGAGUUUCCUGAAGUAAUAUGCGAAAAGCUAUCAUCCAAGCACCCUGAGUAUUACUCUUCAUUCAAAGUAACCGUCCUAGAAAAACACCUCUCCAAAAUCAUGGAUCCUGCAACGUGGCCUGUGGGAACAUGCGUGAAUCGUAUUUUUUAUGAAAAAAGCCUCACACUCUCCAAAAGAGUAACAAGUCCUAGGGGGUGUGGUGGGAAUCGUGCUCUCAAUCUAGAGAUCCUACAUAUAAAUAUCCAAUGUCUCACAAAUAAAUUGAUAGAAUUUGAAUCUUUUAUUUGUGAUAAAAGUUAUGACAUUAUCUGCAUCAGCGAACACUGGUUCACUGAUUGCCGUAUUUUGGAAAACUUAAUUAUUGAUAAGUGGCAGGUCACCUCCUUAUUCUGUAGGACAAAGAUGGUGCAUGGCGGUGUUCUCAUCUUCAGCAAAAAGGAUCGCAUUGCGACGGCAUUAACCCACAUCAAUAAUGCAUCAAUUGAGCUACAUUGUGAAGUAUGUUGCAUUCAAUUAAACUGCAAGACCGUUAUAGUUACUAUGUACCGUUCUCCAGCAGGGGAUUUCGAAGUCUUCUGUGACAAUCUUGUCCGUGUUUUGGAAAUGAUCCAGUCUUAUCAUACAGCCAUUGCUGGGGACUUUAAUGUUCUUUUUGGAACAAACUGCCAUAAAGCACAAGUUGUGAAUGAUAUUAUGACGUCAUACGGAUUUAUUCAGACCAUUCGCUCUCCUACGCGCAGAACAAACUGUCUGGAUAACAUCUUUAUAAAUUUUUCUCUGGAAAAUUACUCAACAGAUAUCGUCGAAUCUGGCAUAUCGGACCACUUAGGCCAAUCCAUCAAGCUGAAAACUGAAAAUAAAAAUCGACCUAACGUAUACGCUGCUACGACUUAUCGACCUAUAACACCACAAGGAUCUGAAAUUUUUUUUGCAAUGAUGAAGGAAUGGGAUGACGCUAUUCUACUAAAUAAUAACGUUUGUCCUCAUUCCAGAUUUUCCACCUUUUUUAAUGCGGUACAACAUUUCUACAUGCAUAGCUACCCACUCAGAAAGUUGAGUACGCGACGCCAAGAUAAUGGAAUCAAGUGGUUUAACGAAAACCUGGCAAAAAUACGGAGUAAUUUGCAAAUGAUUAAUAGUUUAUAUUCAAAAUAUGGUUCCGACAAAUUACUGCAAAUGAAAAGGACUCUGACUUCCCAAUAUAAGAAACAGCUACAAGCGGCUAAAAUAAAGGCAAAUGACACGUACAUCAAAAAUUCACAAAAUAAGUUCAAAGCAGCUUGGGACAUAAUCAAAUCAUUUCGACAACAAAAGGUGAACGCAGAUACUCAAUUAACAGCGACGCUAUUUAACUCACACUUCAUCAGUGCAGGAAGCAAAGCAACAAAUCCGACAACAUCCGUGGACCAAAUUUGUAACAGAGUCGACUCUUCUGCUACAAGUGAAUUCGACUUCAACAAUGUGUCUCAGGUGGUAGUGCGCGAUGUGCUACAUAAAUUAAGAAACUCCAAUGCUAGGGAUAUCUUUGGCUUCAAUACCAAACUUAUUAAAAGAAAUAUAUCGCUUUUCGUGAAACCGCUGACGACCAUUGCCAAUAUGAUUAUAAACACUAAUACUUUUCCGGAUCUAAUGAAAAUAGCAUUAGUACUCCCUAUAUUCAAGAAAGGUGAUACAGAGAGCAUGGACAAUUACAGACCAAUUUCGAUCCUGCCUGUACUGUCAAAAGUGUUUGAAAAAAUACUAUGUGACCAAAUCAUCAAAUACUUAGAAACCAACUAUCUCUUACAUGCCCACCAGUACGGUUUCCGAAAAGGAAAAAGCACUUCAGACGCGAUCAUCAACCUUACUACUAAAAUUCUAAAUAGUUACGAGAAGAGCCAGUACGCAAUCGUGUCUUUUGUAGACUUCUCUAAAGCAUUCGAUUGUGUAGUGCAUAACAUUAUUAUUAGAAAGCUGAGAUUGAUUUAUAAAUUUAGUGAUGCAAGUGCAAAGUUAAUCUCAUCGUACUUAACAAACAGGCUGCAGUGCGUUCGGUUCAACAAUGAGACAUCUGAACAAUUACAAAUAACCAGUGGGGUCCCGCAAGGGUCAAUUUUGGGCCCACUGCUAUUUUUAUUAUAUAUUAACGAUUUACCGACCAUACUUCCUAGUACCGUCAGCUGUAUACUGUAUGCAGAUGAUGUUACGCUAAUUUCAGCAGACUCUUCUUAUCAUGUGGCUUAUGACAACGUGGUACACGGAUUAUUAGCUAUUAAAAAUUGGUGUGCGGUAAAUAAACUCGGACUCAAUGCGAACAAAACAAUAACACUUCCUUUUUCAUUAAAACGUGACGCCAAUGUGACUGUAAAGUUCACGAAGUUUCUGGGGUGUAUGCUGGACUCUCAUUUAAACUUUCAUGAACAUUGCGAUUUCGUAAGGGCCAAGUGCAACAAGUCAAUUUAUGUGUUACGUAGAUUAAGUCAAACUGUUUCCCAACAGGUAACAGUGUCCGCAUAUUAUGCUUUAGUACAUAGUAUCAUAAGCUACAGCAUAUUAGCCUGGGGACAUAGUGCAUCGGCCUGCACCAUAUUCAAACUACAACGUAGAGCAGUUCGCGUAGUAGCUGGUCUAGGAUACAGGCAAGACUGUCGGCAAGUCUUCAUUAAAUUACAAAUAUUGACGCUCCCCUCCGUAUACAUAUUACAAGCUUUGUGCUACGCAAGAGAUAGCGUUGACAGUCUCAAAUGGAAUGGCCAACAACACACGCACAACACCCGUAAUAAGGAUAAUUUAACUAUCCAAUACUGCCGGCUGACAACGUCCCAGAACGGAUGUGAAUACCAAGCGAAGACAUUAUAUAAUUCUUUGCCUGUAAAUGUUAGAUGCCUCCCCGCAAAACUAUUUAAAGACUGUAUAAAGAAAUAUCUUCUGUCAAAGGCCUUUUACACCUUUGAGGAAUUUUGUUCGUCGGUAAAAGCGUUAAGUUUAUAA